AUGGCCUCGGGGCUGAUAAUCCCUCUGACUGAGAUCUCCCUUUCUCAUCCCUCGGACUGUGACCCGCUAUCUCAUCCCUCGGACUAUGACCCACUAUCUCAUCCCUCGGACUGUGGCCCACUAUCUCAUCCCUCGGACUGGUACCCAUUAUCUCAUCCCUCGGACUGUGACCCACUAUCUCAUCCCGCGGACCGUGACCCGCUAUCUCAUCCCUCGGACUAUGACCCCCUAUCUCAUCCCUCGGACUGUGACCCACUAUCUCAUCCCUCGGACUGUGACCCACUAUCUCAUCCCUCGGACUGUGACCCACUAUCUCAUCCCUCGGACUAUGACCCCCUAUCUUAUCCCUCGGACUGUGACCCACUAUCUCAUCCCUCGGACUGUGACCCACUAUCUCAUCCCUCGGACUGUGACCCGCUAUCUCAUCCCUCGGACUGUGACCCACUAUCUCAUCCCUCGGACUGUGACCCACUAUCUCAUCCCUCGGACUGUGACCCACUAUCUCAUCCCUCGGACUGUCACUAUCUCAUCCCUCGGACUGAGACCCACUAUCUCAUCCCUCGGACUGUGACCCCCUAUCUCAUCCCUCGGACUGUGGCCCCCUAUCUCAUCCCUCGGACUGUGACCCACUAUCUCAUCCCUCGGACUGUGCCCCGCUAUCUCAUCCCUCGAACUGUGACCCACUAUCUCAUCCCUCGGACUUUGACCCACUAUCUCAUCCCUCGGACUGUGCCCCACUAUCUCACCCCUCGGACUGUGACCCACUAUCUCAUCCCUCGGACUGUGACCCACUAUCUCAUCCCUCGGACUGUGACCCACUAUCUCAUCCCUCGGACUGUGACCCACUAUCUCAUCCCUCGGACUGUGACCCCCUAUCUCAUCCCUCGGAUUGUGACCCCCUAUCAUAUCCCUCGGACUGUGACCCACUAUCUCAUCCCUCGAACUGUGACCCACUAUCUCAUCCCUCGGACUGUGACCCCUAUCUCAUCCCUCGGACUGUGA